UGUUUAUGACGAGCCACAGUAAUCAGUUGAGUGGACGCAUUCGUGCACAAUGAUUGGUGUUAUCAUAUCGGUGUUGUUAAUUAUAUUAUUUUGUUUGCGCUUUUACAAAAAUGCAUAUAUCAAGCCUGUGGAUAAUUUCCCACCCGGGCCACCAAGCUUACCAGUGUACGGCGCGUAUUGGAUUGUUCUCAUGAAGCAACUAAACAACUUGGGUGGCUCUUUGAGAACCCUCGCCGCGGAAUACAACACGAAGAUAGUUGGCUUCUACCUCGGCCCGUACGCAACCGUCGUGAUCGACGACCCGAAGCUGAUUAAGGAGGGCUUGUACAAUGAAGACUUCGAUGGACGUCUGGAUAUCAUUGUAGCACGAAUGCGAUCUUAUUGGAAGACGCUCGGCAUCUUCUUUACCGACGGCUACUUCUGGCACGUGCAGAGGAGGUUCACACUGCGAUACAUGAGAGAUUAUGGGUUUGGACGACGAGAGGAGAGCCUGGAGGCCGUGGUUGCGAGUGAGACUAAGGAAAUGAUCGAUAUGGCGAGAAAUGGUCCCAAAUAUCCAGCUGAAAACGAAUUGGUGAAAGGCGACUUAAUAUGCCUGCAACAUUUUUUCGACGUACCAUUUAUGAAUGGUAUGGUACACAUUUUCGCCCGUACCACUUUCCCCAGGUCCGAAUACAAAGUUCUUUUUGACCUAGCCCGCGCAACUUUACUAUUUCAAAGGGGGACCAAUGACUUUGGAGGUGCUUUAACAAUAACACCGUGGUUAAAAGAUGUUCUUCCGGGUUACAGUGGCUAUUCUAAUUUGAAGAAAGGAAACCAGGCUUUGUUGAAUUUCUUUGAUAAAAUAAUAAAGCACGCAUUAGCGACUCAUGACAAAACAUAUGAUCGCCAUUUCUUAGACGUGUACAUAAAAAAGUGGAAGGAAGAGGAAACGACAGUCAAAAAGACAACAUUCUCAGAACAUCAGCUACAGCUGGUCUGCACGGACUACAUGUUUCCUGCAGCGACCGGGGUUCAAUCCGUGCUUACAUUUUUACUUGAAAGGAUAUUAUUACAGCCUGAAAUUCAAGACAAAAUUCACGAAGAAAUCGACAGGGUGGUCGGGCGAGAUCGACUUCCAACGCUAGAUGAUAGACGAAAUAUGCCUUACACGGAAGCCUGCAUCAGAGAGAUCAUGAGGUACGAGCCACUGGUGCCCCUUGGAGUACCUCAUCGUGCUAUGAAGGCAUCCAAAUUCGGAGGUUAUGACAUACCUGAGAAUACCGUCAUUUCAUUCAACUACCUAACUUUGCACCACGAUAAAGAAACAUGGGGAGAUCCAGAAAACUUCCGGCCGGAGCGCUUCAUCGAGAAUGGGCAGCUGCAAGUAUCUAAGGAUAAAUCUCUUCCGUUCGGAGCAGGUAAAAGGCUCUGCGCUGGAGAAACCUUCGCUCGGCAAUCGAUGUUUCAAGUGUUCUCUGGAUUCAUGCAAGCAUUCAGCGUCUCAACGGCGGAUGGGAAGCCGUUGCAGAAGCCGAUGAAAAGAAUACAGGGGAUCAUCACCACGUUGCCGGAGUUCUGGGUCCGCGUUACGCCCAGAUUCUAAGCCUCUACAAAUAUUUUAUACUCUGCCUAGGCACAAGCCACGCGGAAAAACGUUAACAUAACGUAUUCGUUCAAACUUACAAAAAUACUUUUGCCAGCGUUCUUCGUCCACCUUUAUUAAGCUUUUUAUAAAUCGCAUAGGAACUGUUUGUU